AUGUUAGGCUGGGAGUUGGCACGGGGGGGGGUUGAACCGAAAGUUCGUUCAGAACGAAGUUGGAAAGGAAGGGAAUUAUGGGCAGCACUAGCUAGAAAUUCGUCAUCAAAUGUGUCAACAAAAGAAUCGACCAGAUUCUGUUCCACUUUAUAUGAAGUGCAGAUCAGAUAUCUACUGGCCUUUCUGAAUAUCAAGACUCGAGCAGAGCGAUUUGUUGCCUAUGGAAGCACUUUCCAAAUCGACUAUACACUUCUUGUGAUCGGACUAAUCGUCUCCAUACUUCUGUCUAUUCUUCUUUCAUUCUUCUGUUGUCUGCUGUGCAAUGGCUGUUGGCUGCAUCGUCGUCGUAAUCCACAAAUGUACGAGAGUGUUCACGAAAGCGGAUGGUAUCCACUCUGUUGCGGUCUGGGAAUCCCAAUGGGGACUGUGGUGUUUUCCACACAUCCACCACAAUAUCGCGAUGAUAAUGAAAUGUACCAUGGAUCGUCCACGUCCAGUCUGCCAUCAUCCAAGCAAAGAGUGCGCUUUAAUCCAGAUGGCACUCCACGAGGCCCUCUUAAACCAAAUUUCUUCACAUGGAAACCCAUUCCAGAUAUUCCAACAAAGCUAUUCGGAUAA